GCAUUCUGGUUCCGUCUUGUGUCUGGCGUGUGGAGCUAGUGCUCCCGCUUAUUCGCCACUGUUGCCACCGCUGUCAUGAACCGCGAGAGCUUCGCGGCGGGCGAGCGGCUGGUGUCGCCGGCUUACGUGCGGCAGGGCUAUGAGGCCCGCCGCUCGCAUGAGCACCUCAUACGGCUGCUUCUGGAGAAGGGCAAGUGUCCAGAGAAUGGCUGGGAUGAAAGUACACUUGAACUCUUUUUACAUGAACUUGCAAUCAUGGACAGCAACAAUUUCUUAGGCAAUUGUGGUGUGGGAGAAAGGGAAGGGAGAGUGGCAUCUGCAUUGGUUGCUCGUCGUCAUUACAGGUUCAUUCAUGGCAUUGGACGAUCGGGUGAUAUUUCUGCUGUGCAACCAAAAGCUGCAGGCUCUAGCCUUUUGAACAAAAUUACCAAUUCUUUGGUCCUGGACAUUAUAAAGCUGGCUGGUGUCCAUACAGUAGCCAACUGCUUUGUAGUUCCUAUGGCAACUGGUAUGAGUCUAACUCUGUGUUUCUUAACAUUACGACACAAAAGACCAAAGGCAAAGUAUAUUAUAUGGCCACGAAUAGACCAGAAAUCCUGCUUUAAAUCCAUGAUCACUGCAGGUUUUGAGCCUGUGGUGAUAGAAAAUGUUUUGGAAGGUGACGAGCUUCGUACAGACCUGAAAGCAGUGGAGGCUAAAGUCCAGGAACUUGGGCCUGAUUACAUUCUGUGUAUUCAUUCUACUACAUCCUGUUUUGCUCCAAGGGUGCCUGAUAGAUUAGAAGAACUGGCUGUGAUUUGUGCUAAUUAUGACAUUCCACAUAUAGUCAAUAAUGCUUAUGGAGUGCAGUCUUCAAAGUGUAUGCAUCUCAUUCAGCAGGGGGCUCGAGUUGGUAGAAUAGAUGCUUUUGUUCAGAGCUUGGACAAAAAUUUUAUGGUUCCAGUAGGUGGCGCUAUAAUUGCUGGCUUUAAUGAUUCCUUCAUUCAGGAAAUCAGCAAGAUGUAUCCAGGAAGAGCUUCAGCUUCACCUUCUUUAGAUGUCCUUAUUACUUUAUUGUCACUUGGAUCAAAUGGCUAUAAGAAGCUACUAAAAGAAAGAAAGGAAAUGUUUUCAUAUUUGUCCAACCAAAUAAAGAAGUUGUCAGAAGCCUACAGUGAAAGACUGUUGCAUACACCUCACAAUCCCAUAUCUUUAGCUAUGACACUUAAAACACUAGAAGAACACCAUGACAAAGCUGUCACUCAGCUUGGCUCAAUGCUUUUUACCAGACAGGUUUCUGGAGCCAGGGUUGUGCCUCUUGGGUCCGUGCAAACUGUGAGUGGCUAUACUUUCAGAGGCUUUAUGUCACAUACAAAUAAUUACCCUUGUUCUUACCUCAAUGCUGCAUCAGCCAUUGGAAUGAAGAUGCAGGAUGUGGACCUGUUCAUAAAGAGACUUGACAAGUGUUUAAAGGCGAAUUCCUAUGUGAUGGCUGGAGCUUAAGCAGCCAUUGUGGGCCAUGAAGUAGACAUACUAAACCUGCUGCAGAAGCAAGGUGGAAGGAGUCUGGACCUCUGAUGAUGACAGUUUCACAAGACUUUUCCUGGGGUGUACACCUCCAGACACCUCUUAUUCCUGAGAGGCAGAUAAACUGCUCCCUUUUAAAGCCACUGUUGUUCCGAGUUGAUCUGUUACACAUAGUCAAACCUGAUCCAAACCUGAAAAUAAAAGAAAAAGCCAAAAAACCUGAUCCAAACUGAUUCAAGUCCCUGCUGUGUGACAGACGCUCUUCUAGGUUGUGGUGAGCCAGCAGUGAGGAUAGGAUGGUCGCCAGCACAGUGACCAUAGUGCGUGCCCUGUACAGCCACGUUCUAGUGGAGAGAAAGCUAUAUAUGAGGAAACAGUAAUUUUAUGAAAUAAUUGGUGGCAUGAAAUAAAACAGGUGAUAUUGAGUGAGACACAGUUCUGAGACUGUCUCAUGUAUUAACUAAUUUUCAUAUCAAUUCUAUGAGGUGGUGACAAUUAUCAUACCCAUUUUACAGAUGAAAAAGGAGGCCCAGUGGGUGGGUAACAUUGCCUGCAUAAGGACACAUGCCAAUGAGCGGAGGAAGCAGCAUGUGAUUCCCAACACUCAGCCUCCAGAGCUCACCCUCCUAGCAGCUCCCCUAACUGCUUCCAUAGCAGGGUAGAGAGAGGAACCACUUCUCAGGAACUGUGGCCUGACCAGCGCUGGGCCCUCUGACUGAUAUCGAGUAGUCUUUUUUUUUUCCCAGGCUGGAGUGCAGUGAUGAGAUCUCUGCUCACUGUAACCUCCGCCUCCCAGGCUCAAGCGAUUCUCCUACCUCAGCCUCCCAAGUAGCUGGGACUACAGGUGUGUGACACCACGCCCAGCUAAUUUUUGUAUUUUCAGUAGAGACAGGGUUUCACCAUGUUGGCCAGGCUGGUCUCAAACUCCUGACCCAAAUGAUCCGCCCACCUUGGCCUCCCAAAGUGCUGGGAUUACAAGCGUGAGCCACCGUGCCUGGCCCUAUCCAGCAGUCUUGAUAACAACACUAUUCCCUUCAGGUGUGACAUUUUGACCAUGAUGAUCCUGGGGCAUGAGACUUACUGGUGGCUGCCCCCAAGAGCACGCCUGGCAAGAGUACCAGCUGGAAACUGCAUGACCUUUCUGGGGUGAGGCACAUGGCCUUUCUUCCAUUGCCUUUUAUUGGUAACAAGUAAGUCACAAAGGCUGGCCCAGUCUCAGGAGGAGGGGACACAGACUCCCACCUUUCUCAAAGAAUAUAUAGAUUUGUUUAGAACCAUCACAUGAAUCAGUGAAAUGUGUGCUCAGUGAUGGUCACUGGGUAGGGAGGCCCCUAGGAAGCAAUCGGAACACAGACAUGGUAGCUGGAGCUCAAGCAACCAUCUUGGACCAUGAGGACUCCACGGACAGACACCAGGAGCCAACAGCACUGCACAGACAAUAGUGACCAUGCACAGUGAGUGGAAUCUCAACCUGACGCAAGUGAGUCCUAAGAGCUAGGAGCUGAGGAGGCCUUGUGUUGCCCUGGGCAUCAAUACCAGUGGUCAGUGCUGGCUGGGUCUCCUCCCUGUCUAUAAGAGCUCUGUGAGCUGCCGACCACUGCAGCAGCUGACUUAGGAAGCACCAAGGGGCUGGUCCAGGGCAUAUGUGCUCAGGCAGGUGGAGGUGUCUGCGUGGGGCAGGGCCAGCCCUAGAGCUACACUGGCCCCUAGGUAGGCCAGGUGGAGUGAGCUGGUGUGAUCACCAGUGGAUUGCUUCUAACCAUUGACAUCUUGGAGAGAGAGGUUUUGAAGUCAACUUUGCUUUAUAGAAACCAGCCCAACUGCAGGACAGCUUUCUGGAGGGUCCCAAAAGUUGUGGAAUUGCCUGCGGUCUGGAGAGUAUGGACCAGGGCAGGAGAAACUCAGGGACUUGCUCCAAAAGUCUUCCAAUUUCUCCCACAGCCGUCACCCCAACCACCACCUAGGAAACAGGAAACCACUUCCCGAAGAAGAGUCAACAGAUGGUUCAUGGAAAGACAAACAUAGGAACACUUGCUAUUCAGUAAGGGCCUAGGCUUUUCCUAUAUUAUCCUAUGUUGUCUCCUUUCACCUUCACAACAGCUCUGCAGGAGAAUAUCACUAUCCACUUUCUACAGAGGAGGAGACUGAAAUUCAGAAAGAUGAAGUCAUGUGCCUAAGAUCACAUGACAAGUGGCAGGGACAAGCCUGAAAGCCAAACCUGCCUGGCCGUGAAUCUUAUUUUCUUUUCUCUGCCCUAUCCUAACCCUCAACUCUAGAUAUGGCACGGGGAGUUGGGCUUGGACACACUCCAGGAUCCUUGAGUGACAGCAGAAAUAUGUCUUCGGCUGCCUCAAGCCAUUCAAUAGUAAGCUCAGCUGGUUCCAGGACAAAUCCUGUAGGAGGGGAGCACUCUCAAUGCUUGGAGGCCCCAUCGGGGUUCCACCAGACACUGCCCAGACCAUCUGCAGCCAGGACUGUGGGGGUGGGGGCCCAGCAGCUGGGAAAAUGACUGUGGAACUAUUUCCCAGAAAAGAAUAAUGGAAAAUGGGGCUUAUUAGUGGGGAAAAGUGAAGAGUAUGCAACUAAAGGACUGGAUUUUCCAUACGAAGGCUUCUCUCCCUGUCUCUCCUUCUUCGUCUUGCUUGGAUUGUGAACAAAGCCCUGUCUUUUUCUAGAUUGAACAAAUGGUUUGUCCUCAAUGCUUUCUUGGGAACACUUGGCCCAAAAUUCACCUUGGAUGAGACCUGAGAACACAACAGCAGGGGAAAGGCUCUCGGCCCCGGGCAUUUUGCCUUCUUAGACACGAGAAGUAUGAGCAGACUCCAUUUUAGCCUGGCUUGGGCUGCAGAGGCCCCAUAACAGAACCAUGCUCCAUGAACAUCCUCCUAAGUCCAAAAUCCUCUGAAAACCUAAAGUUUAAGAAAAUCUGACCCGACUCCAACUACGUGAGGCUGUUUCUAGUCUUUGUUUAUCCCACAUUGUGUGAAUAUACAUACCUUUUUGCUGCAGAAAUGUAAUGUGUGUUUGUGUACAGGAGGCUGCCCCCAUGCGGGUACAAUGCCGCACAGUACCCUCCUUAAAAACCCCCAGAUUCUGAAUGUGGAAAACACCUGGUCCCAAGAGGAUCAGACCAGCAAUUGUGAAUCCAUAUCAGAAAAAUGCAUAUUCUUCUUGUCCUUCUCUCAUUCAUUCUUUGUCCUUUUUCUCUCUCUUUUCUCUCCCUUUUCACUCCUCCUCUCAUUUUAAAAAUAUUCUGCUUCUUCUUUACCUUCCCUUUCUGCUUUUCAUCUUCCUAGUUUUUGUUGUUGUUGUUUGUUUUUUGAGACAGAGUCUUGCUGUGUCACUCAGGUUGGGGUGCAGUGAUGCAGUCAUAGCUCACUGUAACCUUGAACUCCUGGGCUCAAGCAAUCCUCCUUCCUCAGCCUCCCAAGUAGCUGAGACUGUAGAUGCAUGCCACUACAACUGGUUUAUUUUUUUACUAUUUGUACAGACGGGGUCUUGCUUUGUUGCACAGGCUGGUCUUGAACACCUGGUCUCAAGCUAUCCUUCCACCUUGGCCUCCCAAAAUGUUGGAAUUACAGGCAUGAGCCACCACACCUGGCUUCACCUUCGUAGCGCUUUGGCUCUCGUUUUCCUCCUAUACACACAUGAUCCGUCCAUCCACCUAACAGAUGUGUACGGUGGCCCCAGCAUGUCGCUUGGCCUUGCAGAUACAAUGGGGAGCCAGUGGGCAUGUCCUGACCUUAGUCUGGUCCUGAGGGUGAGUCUAGCUGGGGAGCUAACAAGGAAAGAGAUGAUCUUCAGGCCAUGCCAUGGGAGCGAGGAUGGAGGAAGCCUAAGGAGCUAAGGCAGGAAACACGUGGAAGGAGCACUUUACCCAGACUCGGGGCAGGAUGGAGCCUAAUGGGGGCCUUGGAGGUGCCUUUAUUUCCUCCUAGCCUCACAAGCUUUCCACCAAAGGCACCACAGAUAAACACACUAGCAUGUUAUCCCUGCAACACAGCAUCUCAACGCCAUGUCCUGGCCUUCUCUUCUGCCAGCGAGCUCCACCAGUCCCCUCUUCUGUAGGGCCACGGUCAAGGGCUCUGGAAAGGUUUCCCAAAAGAAGGGAAUCUAAGAGGAGAGCUGGAGGAUUUUGUUAACUGGAAUUUUCUUUUUUCCUCUUUAUCAUGUGAUAUUCAGUGUAUUCCUUUCCUAGGGCUGUGUAACUAAGUACCACAAACUGGGUGAUAUAAUCAACAGAAGUAUAUUAUCUCAUAAUUCUGGAGGCUGGAAGCCCAGGUCAACGUGUCAGCUGAGCUGAUUCCUUCUGAGGCUGUGAGGCAGCAUCUGUUCCAUGCCCCUCCCUAGCUCCUGGUGGUUUGCUGGCCGUCUUUGAUGUUCCUUGGUUUGUAGAUGCAUCACCCCAUCUCUGCCUUCAUCUUCCCAUGGCGUUCUCUGUGUAGAUCUGUGUUCAAAUUUCCCCUUUCUGUAAGGACACCAGUCUUAUUGGAUUGGGCCCACUCAACUCCGCUAUGACCUCAUCUUAAUUAAUUACAUCUGCAAUGACCCUAUUUCUAAAUAAGGUCACAUUCUAACGAGCUGGGAGUUAGGGCUUCAACAUAUGAAUUUGAGGGGACACAAUUCAACUUACAAUAUCAGGUCUUUUCUUGGAGUCAUAGUGCUUCCAGGGGAGAGUCUUUGGUCCUUACCAUCUAGCUCCAUUGGAUCUGUGGCUCCCAAAAGGAAUGAUGGGAUGAGUCAGCAGGCAGACAAGGAGCCAGGUGGGCUUUCCUGCUGCAGAGUGAAGGAGGCAGCAGCCCCGUGACUGAUGCUGUCAACAAAGGGGAGCCUGAAGGAGGCAGGGAGGCCAGAGGCUGGUAGAGGAAGGCUUGGGUUCCAUGAAGGCUGGGGCCAGUCGGGUCGCCAGAGCUAUCUCAAAGGGCUUUAAAAACAAUCGCUUGAUGCAAAACACUUGAACAGAAAAGAGAAAAUCAUUUCCCAUAAUUCCGCCUGCCAAUCAUGAAGGACUUUUCAAGCUAAGCUCAAAAAAAUGACAAGGAACAGAUCAGUGUAGCAUGGCGGUUCAGGAUGGGGGUUGCAUGGCCGGCUCUGCCACUUACGAGCUGUGUGACCUUGGAAAAGUUACCCUCUUUGUGCUUCAGUUUUCUGAUCUGCACGAGAGGGUAAACAGCUGUACCUACUGUAUAGAGUUGUUGCAAGGAUUCCUUGUGAACCUAUAAGCAGCAAGUGUUGAAGCCCAGAACAGACUAUAACCACACAAAGUCUGCUUUUAGCUUUUUCAGAGAAGCUUACCUUUAAAGCAACUAUUUAGGGAACAAGCAAACUGAUCCUUUGGACUGGGAGGAUAGUGAAAAAAAUGUCUAGCUCCUUUAAAUUAGUGCCAUCCACGUCCAAAGCUCAGCUAAAUUGCACCCCAGGACACUGAAAAACUUGCUGAUAUGGCCAUGGAACUGCUGUGAGUAUUCCCUGAGGAAUCACGAGGUAUGGGAGUGGCAUGAGAGAGCCGGCGAUGGAAAGAGCUUUUUUAGUUCCUUUUUAAGGAAAAAAGGGUAAAUUGCAGAAAUUCCAGACGGGAGGGUGUUAAUCCCUUAUAAAAUUGUUAGGCAGUUUGGCACACUGGUAGAAGAAAAGAGUAAAAACCACCCAGGAUUCUCAUGGGCUCACUGGCUCUUUUGGGAUGUGGUUAAUAUGGAUUUGCGAAAUGCUCCAGACCAGGUGGGCCUUGAUCUUGUGAGAUAUUAUCAGAAACCCUCACAAUAUCCUUUUGGACAGGAAGGAGAAGUGUGAUCUGGCACAGGUGGGUCAAUUUGUCUUUGGUUGUAGGCAAAAGAUGUUGAGUAACAAUCAGUUUGAAAGGAAGGUCUUAAGCGUUGAGUCCUGGGUUCAAAGGUCUCCCUGUUGCCUUUUAGAAAUGGAUAACAUCCUUCCCAGCACUGGAUCGAAUCUCCUUUCCCUCCCCACCCCUCUGAAUAUAGUUUUAACGUUUUCUUGUUUGUUUGUAGAAACACAUUAAAAUACUAACAACAAACAUAGGAUAAUUUUGUAUUUGCAUUUUUUUUCUUAAAUUUCACUCCAAUGGUGAAAUGUAUCAUCAAAAUUCAAGCCAUUUGGUAAUCAUUUCA